UGUAAUAAAAUUGGGUUCAUUUUUGUUCCGGUCCAGUAAAAUGGCGAAAUAAAUUAGGGUUUCUCAAAUUCCAUCAAUUUUCAGUGAGAGGGUUUUCGAGUGCGGCGAAACAAACAAACAUACAUUUCUCCCAAACUUCACCAUGGCGGAACAAACUGAGAAGGCUUUUCUGAAGCAACCUAAAGUGUUUCUAUGCUCGAAGAAGAGUGGCAAGGGAAAGAGACCUGGAAAAGGUGGAAACCGGUUCUUUAAAUCCGUUGGUCUUGGAUUUAAGACUCCCAGAGAAGCCAUUGACGGAACCUACAUUGACAAGAAGUGCCCUUUCACUGGCAAUGUUUCCAUCCGGGGCCGUAUUUUAGCUGGAACUUGUCACAGUGCUAAGAUGAAUAGGACUAUUGUUGUUAGGAGGAAUUAUCUUCACUUCAUCAAGAAAUAUCAGAGAUAUGAGAAGAGGCACUCAAACAUUCCUGCCCAUGUAUCACCCUGCUUUCGUGUUAAGGAAGGAGAUCAUGUUAUUAUUGGCCAAUGCAGGCCUCUCUCCAAGACCGUGAGGUUCAACGUCUUGAAAGUGAUCCCAGCUGGUUCAUCAAGUGGUGCUGGAAAGAAGGCAUUUACUGGAAUGUGAGAUGUGUUGAAAGUAAUUCUGGUUUCUGUAUGGUGACUAAUAUGAAGACCUGUUCAAUUUUGUUUUACUUUUGAAGUUAAAUUCCGUCAUUGGAUACAAGUUGAAGGAUUUAGAUUUUAUUCAUGGUUAUUUAAUGGCACUAGCGUUUAUAUUGAAUUUCCCUAAAAAAACAUGUCCUACUAUAUUGAA